AUGAGCGAGGCAAAAGAAAUGGCUGUGAUACUGACGGGUGCAUCGAGAGGCAUCGGCCUAGCUACCGCACACUACCUCCUCUCGCACUCGCACAAGCUUGUCCUCAUCUCGCGGACCCACUCCGCGCUCGACCAGCUGCACUAUCAGUAUGGUUCUGAGCAAGUCGAAGUACUAGCUGGCGACUUGGCCGAUUCCUCCUUGCCCAGGAAGGCUGUUGAACUGGCCCUGGGACGAUGGGGACGACUGGACGCAUUGAUUGUGAAUCAUGGCGGGCUAGAUCCUGUCAAGAAGGUUGCAGACAGUACUGCUGAGGAGUGGAGGAGUGCGUUCGAUGUCAAUGUGUUCAGUGCUGUUGGACUGGUCCAAGCUUCGCUUCCUGCUCUCCGGGCCACAAAUGGCCGCAUCAUCCUUACGUCCUCCGGUGCCUCCAUUUCGGCUUACCAGGGCUGGGGUGCUUAUGGUGCCGGCAAGGCUGUCUUGAACCAUCUCGCUUUAACCCUUAGUGUCGAAGAGCCCUCUGUUACUACCGUCUCUGUUCGCCCCGGCGUAGUCGACACAGAGAUGCAGCGUGAGAUUCGUGAAGUGCAUCAUGAACGCAUGAGCGAGAAAGACCGCACCAAGUUCGCUGGGUUGAAGACUGGUGGCGGAUUAUUGCGACCAGAGCAACCAGGUCGUGUCAUUGCAAAACUAGCUGCCGCAAGUGGAGAUCAGAUCAAAGGCCUAAGCGGCAAAUUUUUGAAUUGGAAUGAUGAGAGCCUGAGUAUGUAUCAGGAAGAGUAAGAAGAGUUUAGAAUGUACACAGGAUUGUCAUAAGGUAUCCCAGAUGCCUUCAACGCC